AUUAUCCCCGGUCGCUCUUUCCGUCCCCGCCGCCCGCUCCCGGUGCCGGUGAGGGUGUUGCGUCCCGGGAGCCGCCAGGGGGCGCCGCGCGGGGAGCGAGGCGGGGUGGGCGCGUCACGUGACAUCCGCCGCCUCUUCCGCCGCCAAGAUGUCGAAGCGAGGACGCGGAGGUUCGUCCGGGGCCAAGUUCCGCAUCUCCCUGGGUCUCCCGGUGGGGGCCGUGAUCAACUGUGCCGAUAAUACCGGGGCCAAGAACCUCUACAUCAUCUCCGUGAAGGGCAUCAAGGGCCGCCUGAACCGGCUGCCGGCGGCCGGCGUGGGUGACAUGGUGAUGGCCACGGUGAAGAAGGGCAAGCCGGAGCUGAGGAAGAAGGUGCACCCAGCAGUGGUGAUCAGGCAGCGGAAAUCCUACAGGAGAAAAGAUGGGGUGUUCCUGUACUUCGAGGACAACGCAGGAGUGAUUGUAAAUAACAAAGGGGAAAUGAAAGGCUCGGCCAUCACCGGCCCCGUGGCCAAGGAAUGUGCAGAUCUGUGGCCCAGGAUCGCCUCCAACGCCGGGAGCAUCGCCUGAUCCCGACCCUGCCCCUGCCCAGGGACACAAAAUAAAACUCCUUGUACCAAC